AUAUAUAUUUACAUACUAUAUAUAUACUAAUGAAUUAAUAUAUUAAUUGAUGUGUGUAUUAACAUAUAUAUGAUAUAUAUAUAUAGUAAUGAAUUGAUAUAUAUUUACAUACUAUAUAUAUACUAAUGAAUUAAUAUAUUGAUUAGUGUAUAUAUAAGCAUAUAAUAUGUGAUAUAUAUAGUAAUCAAUGUAUUAGUGAAUAUAUUAACAUACUAUAUAUAUCAAUAUAAUGAUAUAUUAAUGAAUUAAUAUAUUGAUUAAUAUAUAAACAAAAAAUAUAUAUACUAAUGAAUUAAUAUAUUAAUUGGUGUGUGUAUUAACAUAUUAUAUAUGAUAUAUAUCUAUAUACUAAUGAAUUAAUAUAUAUUUACAUACUAUAUACUAAUGAAUUAAUAUAUUGAUUAGUGUAUAUAUAAGCAUAUAAUAUGUGAUAUAUAUACUAAUCAAUGUAUUAGUGUAUAUAUUAACAUAUACUAUAUAUAUCAAUAUAAUGAUAUAUAAAUGAAUUAAUAUAUUAAUUAAUAUAUAAACAAAAAUAUACUAAUGAAUAUAUAUAUAUAUAUAUAUAUAUAUAUAUAUAUAUUGUGUGUGUGUGUGUGUGUGUGUGUGUGUGUAUAUGCGCUAGUGAAUUGAUGAAUUAAUUAUACACACACAUAUAUGUAUAUAUAUGUAUUCACCAAAUCAAUUCAAGGGAAAUUCAGGAAAGGGCUAGGAUAAAUCCACCUGAGGCUGUCUAUAUAUACUCUCAGGAAAUUAAAUUAAAAUAAAUUAAAAUACCCCAAAAGCCAAUGGCCAAAUCCUCUCGCAAGCUCUUCUUUCCUAAAGGGAGAAAACAAUAAAGCACAAUCCGAACGUCUUAGAUAUUAUUAUUAUUAUUUUCAAAGCAAUGCCUUAAAAUUCAAGACCGACUCCUCGCCUUCAACGGUUGGUAUUAUUCUGUUCACAUGACUUUGAAUAAAUUUUGGAAAAAAAAAAUAGUGUCCUUUUAACAUUCCUCGUCUGGUUUUCAAAGGAUGCCAGUGUGGUCAGACCUCACUUGGAAUAAUACAAUAAAUUUGAAAACAAUGUAACUUAACACAAUGGAAAUGUAUUAGAUUAUUAUAAUCUAUAUAUAUAAAAGAGUGAUGGCAUCACGGCGACCCACAAAACAACAAAACUACAGGCCCCCCAACCUCGAAAUUUGACGACACAACCCAUCAUCCACACCUCUAGGUUGAUACAACAAAAAGAAAAAUAAAGUCCUAAUUAGAGGGAGAGGAAGAAUUGUUUUUAUCCAGUUGCUGCCAGUUAGAAGGCUAAGCUCCGCUCACUUGGUCUCCUAGCAACCCACUCAGCCCAGUGUUAAUAAAAGAAUAAAAAAAUAAAAUAAAUACAAAUAAGACAAUAAAAAAUAAUAAAAACACUAAAAAAUUAAUACAAUUAAAUACUAUAAUAACAAAAUAACUAAAAAAUAAUACAACAAAAUAAUAAAAUAUAAUGAAUAAAAAAGAUAAGUUACAAUAAAAUUAAUUAAAAAUACAAAUAACAUCAAAUAAAAAAUCCACAACAAUUUUUAACCAAUACCACCACCACUUUGCCACAGCAACGCGUGGCCAGGCACAGCUAGUAUUAAAUAUUAAAGUAAUGUUUUGAUAUUUAAAUAUUAAUAUUAAAAUGUUAAAAAUCAAAUACAGUAGAGUCUCGCUUAUCCAACGUAAACGGGCCGGCAGAACGUUGGAUAAGCGAAUAUGUUGGAAAAUAAGGAGAGAUUAAGGAAAAGCCUAUUAAACAUUAAAUUAGGUUAUGAUUUUACAAAUUAAGCACCAAAACAUCCUGUUAUACAACAAAUUUGACAGAAAUAGUAAUUCAGAACACAGCAAUGCUAUGUAGUAAUUACUGUAUUUACGAAUUUAGCACCAAAAUAUCACGAUGUAUUGAAAACAUUGACUACAAAAAUGCGUUGGAUAAUCCAGAACGUUGGAUAAGCGAGUGUUGGAUAAGUGAGAUUCUACUGUAGCACAUUUUUGCAAUUAAUUAUUCAAAAUGCAUUAAAACUUAUGUACAUUAAACCCAAGAUUGUUGCAAAAGGUGACCCUGUCUCAGCCACAAUUUUGGAGUAUUUGGGUCCCAUCCUGGGAGAAUAGCAGCAUAGACAGGCAAUAAAAUUAAUAAAUACAGAUAAAAUAAUAAUUAAAAAUUACAAUAUUUAUAAAAUAGCAAAUUUGCUCAAUGACAUGCAAUCAAAAUGUACAAAUUUAUCAAAUAAUGAUAAAAUUCCCAAUGUUAAGAGGCUGAAAAAGUUUCAAACUUUGGACGGUGCUAUUCUCAGUCCGGCCUGCAGGUGGCGCUGCUGCUUAAGGAGGAGGAGGAGAAAAGCCAGGCGGGCGGGCUCCUCCCACUUCGAAGGAAAUUACUCGCUAGGCAUGGCCUUGCCUUUGCGCAUGCGCGCAGGCCAGCUCAGAGAGCCGUUUUGUGGUUCUCCGCCUGAAUCGGGGAGCAGAGUCUACGCGGGCGGCAGGAAUUCUUUCUCUUCCAGGUUUCCAAAUGCAAUUAAUCUAUUACAUAGCAUGUGGAAAGGAAGGCGGAUUGAGGAGCUGCCGAGCCCAGCGUUGGUGGUGGACCUCGAUGUGGCCAAGAGGAAUGCGCAACGGAUGAGAGAGCGGUGCCGGGAAUUGGGGGUCACCUUGCGCCCGCACAUGAAAACCCACAAAACCCUGGAAGGUGCUCAGCUCAUGACGGGCGGCACACGUCGCCGGAUCGUGGUCUCCACGUUGGCCGAAGCCCGGCUCUUUGCCGACGAGGGCGGCUUCGAGGACAUCCUCUUCGCUUACCCGCUGCCUUUCGACAAGGUGGAGGAGUGUGCCGCAUUGGCGGAGCGCAUGGAGGCCUUCCAUGUGCUGGUGGACAGCGCGGAGGCUUUGGCGCAACUGGAGCAGCGGCCGCUGGAGACGGAAGAAGGCAAGCGCUGGAAAGUCUGGCUCAAGAUCGACUGCGACAAUCACAGAGCCGGUUUGAAGCACGACGACCCGUCUGCGGUGGAAUUGGCCAAGGCCAUUGCGGAAGGGGCCACCACGGAGCUGGCCGGGGUCUACGCCCAUUGCGGGAACUCCUACGGCUGCAACGGGGUGCCCGACAUCCAGUCGGUCGCUCGGACCACUACUCAGCUCACCCUCCAGUUCAUGGAGAAGCUGAAGGAGGCCGGCGUGGCGUGUGACGUGAGCAGCAUCGGCUCCACUCCUUCCUGCAGCCACCCCGUGCCCGAAAUGGCCAAACUCACCGAAGUUCACCCUGGAAACUAUAUCUUCUAUGAUGUGCAGCAGAUGAUGAUUGGGUCUUGCCAACUAGAGGAUAUUGCCGUCCGGGUCUUGACCAGGGUCAUCGGCCAUUACCCAGACCGCAACCAGCUGCUGGUGGACUGCGGGUGGACCGGCCUGAGUCUCCACAGCCUGGGCCAGCUGCCCACCGGGUACGCCAUCGUGGACGGACACCCGGAGCUCAAGUUGGUGGGCAUGACCCAGGAGCACGGGAGGGUCGAAAGCAUGGACGGGAAGCUGGAUUUCGCCCAAUUUCCCCGGGGAAGCCUCCUCCGCCUCAUUCCUUAUCAUGCCUGUGCCACGGCUGCAAUGCACCCGCUUUACUACGUCCACAGCGAGGGGCACGUGGUCGAGACGUGGAAGCCCGUCCGGGGAUGGUAGGAGGACGGGGAGAUUCCUGGAAGAUGCUGUCGGCGUUAGGUUUGCAGCAGAAGACGGAGAAAUCCCUGUCCAUCAAAUCCAUGCAUAACACACUGUGAUUUGUGUUCCCAGGUUAUAAACGCCAAUUCCUAAUUGUAAAAAGUUUAUAGAUAGUUUGAUGAUAGCUAUAGGUGGGCAACCUAUAACAGCCUAGGAAUCGUGGGAAUUGUAAUCCAAAACACCUGGAGAGACGGAGUUUGCCCAUGCCUGAUAUAGAUGGAGAUUUCUCUCUCUCUCUCUCUCUCUAUAUAUAUAUAUAUAAAAGAGUGAUGGCAUCACGGCGACCCACAAAACAACAAAACUACAGGCCCCCCAACCUCGAAAUUUGACAACACAACCCAUCAUCCACGCCUCUAGGUUGAUACAACAAAAAGAAAAGAAAAAUAAAGUCCUAAUUAGAGGGAGAGGAAUAAUUGUUUUUAUCCAGUUGCUGCCAGUUAGAAGGCUAAGCUCCUCCAACUUGGUCUCCUAGCAACCCAAUAAAAAUAAUAAAAAAACACUAAAAAAUUAAUACAAUAAAAUACCAUAAUAACAAAAAAAAUAACUAAAAAUUAUACAAGAAAAUAAAAUAUAAUAAAUAAAAAGAUAACUUACAAUAAAAUUAAUUUUUUAAAAAUAAUGUCAAAUAAAAAUUACACAACAAUUUUUAACCAAUACCACCACCACUUUGCCACAUCAACGCGUGGCCGGGCACA